AUGCAUUCUAUUCCCUCAAAACCAUUCCAUCCGUCCCCCCUGUUUUUUUCCAUUCCAUUCCCUCUUCACCAUUCAUUAACACCACAACCCACCACCGUUGCUACCACACACCCCCACUACCACCGUAAUCUGCCGCCGUUACCCACCUCCGCCGCCACCUGCCACCGCCGCUGCCACCACCUACCGCCGCUACCCACCUCCAUCAUCGCCACCGCCGUCGUCGCUACCCACCGUCGCCACUGCCACCUCCGAUCAUCGCCACCACCCACAUUCGAUCAUCACUGCCACCAUUGCCACUGCCACCUCCGAUCACCGCCGCCACCCACCACCGCCACCGCCAUCAACCGCCACCUCCGACUACCGUCGCCUCUGCUACCACCUCCGACCACCCCUGCCACCGCGCCACCUACCUCUACCGUCAUCUACCACAACCACCGUUGUCACCAUUCGCCGCCAACCGCCGCCGCCGCUACAACUGACAACUAG